ACUCCAUCGAUCGAGAAAACUGCGCAAAGGACAACACUAUUGCCACACGGGCAGCACAAAAAAAGGUGCAAAGCAGACGGGAAGAAGAAUUCAUCCAUCCAUCCAUCCAUCCAUCCGUCCAUCCAUUCGCACUCCAACGAUCUGUGUGACAUCCAAAGGAGCCGAGAGGGAGGGAAAGAGACCUACCACCACCACCGACACAAAAACAAAAACAACGCGACGGAUCUUCCGCGACGGAUCUUCUUCUUCUUCUUCCGAGAUGAGCCACAACCAUAAGAGCAACGCAGCGGCCGCCGGGUCGAUCGACUUUGCCUCGAGUGCCCUGAGCACCCCCUCGGACGAGCAGCAGGAGGGAAGAGAAAGCAGCGUGCCGCAGCAGCAGAAGCAGCAACACCAACAACCCCAGGAGAUGGCCGAGGGGUACCAYUCGCUCCCCGCGUCGGGAAACGCCCUGAACGUCGGCCGCCACCGGGGGGGACAGGAAGCCAGGAACCACGAGGCCCCSACCCUCMAGACCAAGGCCUCGGGGACCUCCUUCAUCACCGCCAUGGAACAGGAGCAGCCCUUCGGCGACGAGGAAGCGGCCGCGAACCAGCACACCCGCGGCUUUGGCUACGGYUACGGGUAUGGAUACAGCUACGCMGAGGCCUCCGAGUUCUCCUCCCGGGUGCUGGACGCCGCCUCGACCGCCUCGGGCGUGGUGUGGAAGACCGUCCUGGGCGGGGGGGAGGCCUUCUCCUCCUCGCUGGGCAAAAAGGCCCUCUUUGUCCAGGCCUGCUACCUGGGGAUCGCCGCCAUCCUCGGGACGCUCCUGCGGCUGGUCCUGGCCCAGCUCUUCGGCCAGGCCUGCUCCAACCCCGAGACGGUGGGCUGGAUCGCCGACGAGUCCGUCCUGUGUGUCACCUCCAGCGGGACGACCACCCAGAACGAGGGGAUCGUCUUUGCCGACCUSCCGGCCAACCUGCUGGGGUCCUUUCUGAUGGGCCUCCUGCAGGACGGGGCGGCCCUCGGACUCGCCAUCAACCUCCCGRUCGCCUGGGUCAAGCCCUCGCACGYCUUUCAGUCCAUGGGCGUCUUCCACCUGGCCCUCAAGACGGGCUUCUGCGGCUCCCUCACGACCUUUUCGGCAUGGAACUCSGAGAUGGUCGUCCUGCUGGUGGGAAACCACGACGCCAUGCCGAACCGGCCCAGCAUGGUCUGGAGGGCCCUCUUCGGGUACGUCGUCGGGAUGGAGACCGCCAUCGGCUCCUACGUCUUCGGCCGGACGGUCGCCUGGUGGCUCCACAAGUGGGUCAACCCAGAGCUCGCGAGGGAGCAGAGGGAGAUGAGCGUCCGCGAGAAAARGCACGGGAUCGCCAUCAACCGGGACCUCCCGGUCGUCGAGCGCCGGUACCUCCACGGCCUCUUCGACCGGGCCAGCAGGGGCGGCGUCGGCGGMAACACGGACGGACCGUCMUCCCUUUCGGGCCCCGCGCUGUCCCCUUCCUCGACGCUGACCCGCGAGGAGCUGGCCCCCCUCCACCGCUGGAGGCAGUCGACCCGGGACGCCAGGAGGGUCGAGAGCGGCCUGUCGGAGGAACUCGUCGAGCUGGAAACCGCCCUGAUCGUCCGCAAGGAGGUCCCGACGCAGGAAACGAGGGACAUGGCCAUCUACCACGGGUGGGACAUCGACGGCCUGCUGGAGUGGCUGUCGAAGCGCCGCUGCCACACCGAGCUCCUCGAGGCCUCCGCCUCGCUGGAGUCCCURUCCCGSGAGGAAUCCGACCUUUCCCASGCGCGGCCGCUGACCGCGGCGGGCGUCGCCGCCCCCAUGGACAUCGACGGAACGGUCUGGUACGAGCUUCCCGUGGCCGCAACGAUGCUKGGUGCCUGCCUGCUCCUCCUGGUCAACCUCAUGGGACACUGGGACGCCGGGACGUCCUACCAGAACACCUACCGGACCAUGGCCUACUCCAUGCUCUUUGCGCCCCCCGGUGCCCUCCUGAGGUGGAAGCUCUCCUCCUUCAACGGGAGGCUCGGCGAGUACUUCUCGGGAAGGUUCCACCGGUGGGCWUGGCUCCCCAUCGGGACCCUUGCGGCGAACCUGCUGGGGGCGGUGGUGAGCAUCAGCAUGAUCGGGUGGGAGUACAACCUGGAAAUGGCCGCGACCCUCGGCGGGAGGAGCGGCUUCUGGGGGAUCGCCACCGUCCGGGCCGUCAAGAUCGGCUUUUCCGGCUGCCUCUCGACCGUGUCUACCUUUGUUUCGGAGGUGUACACGCUCACGCAGCAGCGGCAGGACCGGGGCUACAAGUACAUCCUCGUCACACUGGUGGCGUCCGCSGUGGCCGGCAUGGUCCUCUUUGUCGCGAUCGUAUAAAACACAAAUGGAACCGCAAAUCAGACCAAAGCAAACCACAGAACGGCGCCCGUAGCCAGAACACCCCCACGACGUGCUUCCAUAUCCGCCGUCGACGAUAUCCAACAAUACGACACGACACUACACUACACGC